AUGACAGAGCUGCGCGUGAGCGAGAAUUUUCCAAGUGCGCCCAAGGCUUGCGAAAACGUAGCAAACAAGUUCUUUGCCUGUUUUUAUGAGCAUGGCAAGCAACAAGCAGGAAAGUCCGAUACGGAGGUGGGCAACGUGGCGUUAGAGAAGUGCAAGGACAUGUUGCUAGCAUACAAUACCUGCAACCUUAUCGCACACGUGAAUAGUGAUGCAGCCAAGCUUGAUUUGCGUGGAGACAAUGUGGUGGUUGCAAUAGUAAGAGGUACCUAA